AGAGCCAAGGGUGGGAGGAGUUUGAGUGCUCCUGCUGCAGUAGAGUGAGGGAGGGAGAGAGGGAAGGAAGGAGCGAGGAUGCAUCAGUGCCACAGAGGAGAGAGAGAGAGACUGCUUUCUGCAUCACACCACUCUAUCCUUCAUUUACAUUCCAGACGCUGGCUUCUCUCUGGAGAGCCCCUUCUCCGUUUGAAAUGCCAAUCACCACUUGCUGUUCCUUCAUCUUCGAUCACACACACUUCCUCCACGUUGAUGUGAGGGAGCUGAGUGCCCGGCACACGCUGAAGAGAUUCCCCAGUCUUCGUUUGAUGGACGACUGAAGUUGCUGCAAAGACAUCAGAUUCUGGAUUGCAUCCUUUUUUGGGAUUUGAAGGAAUAAACUAUUUGACUACGUUAUUUUGAGGAAUCUCCAGCGCUGCUUUGUUGUGCGUGAUCCUCUGAACUAAUAACUGUGUGAGAGCAACUGGGACUUUUAUGAUCAGAGUGGCAAGGACUCCGCUUUCUCCGCUUUCUGCUGCUGUGCUUCUCCCCGGAAAGGUGGGGAACUGAUAAAAGAGAGGGGGUGUUUAUGUCCUCUACUGUUGGGGCUUGAUCCAGAAUUUAAGCUACCCUCCACAACAGCUUGUAGUAAGUGACUCUCUUUAGGAUACUGUCGCUGCAUGUGUGUGCUUUGGUGAAAGGAUUCCUGUGGACUUGCGGCUCAUGUUGCUGCUGAUAUGGAAGGCACCUGGGCACGGACACCUUGCCCAUGUCAGCCAUACUGUGGGCAGCCUUUGCUGAGCUAGGCUAUCAAGGAACUAGCACCCUAAUUGUGCGCCCAAGCACACCCUGAACAAGAUGAAUGCAACUGAGUUAAACCAUAGCACAGAACCCUUCUGCCUGCUGGACAUUGGCUACUCUCAGAUCUUCAACACCUGCCUGCUGGAAGUAGCUGUUAUUCUCUUCUUGACAGUGCUCAUCAUCUCCGGGAACCUGGUGGUUAUCUUUGUUUUCCACUGUGCCCCGCUUCUCAGCCACCAUACCACUAGCUCCUUUAUACAGACUAUGGCGUAUGCAGACUUUCUGGUUGGGGUCAGCUGUCUUAUUCCCUCUUUGUCCCUCCUGCACCAUCUGGAGGGUGUGAACGAGAAACUCACCUGCAUGGUCUUUAGCUACAUGGUCUGCGUGUUGAAGAGUGUCUCCAUGGCCUCUCUGGCAUGCGUUAGUAUUGACCGUUAUGUUGCCAUCACCCGACCUCUUUCCUACACUGCUCUGGUCACACCCUGCCGUCUUCGCACUUGCAUUACCCUUAUUUGGCUGUACUCGGCACUCAUCUUUUUGCCGUCUUUCUUUGGUUGGGGCAAGCCGGGAUACCACGGUGAUGUAUUUAAAUGGUGCUCCUCCUGGGACACCCAGCCCCUUUUUACCACGUUUAUUGUUGCGGCCCUGUAUGCACCAGCUGCUUUCACCAUUUGUUUCACCUAUGCCCAUAUCUUUCGGAUCUGUCGGCAGCACACUCGGCAGAUCAGCGAGCGGAGAGCUCGCUUCGGCCCACAGGAUCCCGAGCCGGGUGAGCAAGCCUGCACGGACAAACGCUAUGCCACCGUGCUGUUCCGUAUCACCAGUGUGUUCUACUUGCUUUGGCUACCCUACAUCAUUUACUUUUUACUAGAGAGUGCAGGGAUAUACCACCAUGCCAUUGCCUCAUUCCUGACCACAUGGCUGGCAAUUAGCAAUAGUUUUUGCAACUGUCUCAUCUACAGCCUGUCGAACAGCGCCUUCCGCAAAGGCCUCAAGCGCCUCUGCCUGCUUUGUCUGCAACGUAGCGACACCAAGAAGCCCCUAGGAGAUCCACCAGCACCUCCGCGCCCUGCUUGCCAUGUGUAAUGCCAUCUUUUGGCAAGUGAGCUUGAUUUUGAUGGCAAGGGUCAUGUCAAGUUAAAAGCAGAUACUGAAGAUUUGUCUCAGCAUCUGUGCACUG